AUGGGUAAUGCUCUCUAUCUCCCUCUUUCUUGUACGCGUUCGCAGUGUCCGAUAGGUGAACCAAAUCGCUGUCUAUUUUUUUUGAUCGACUGCGCUGCUGUGGAUAAUAAGGGGUCGUGCGUCGAACAGAAAAGAAGCUGUUCAGUAUGCGUAAGAGGCAAGCUGGUACAUGGAGUGUGCAACACCUGUGCAACACUUGUGCGACACCUGUGCGACAACACCUGUACAACGGUUGUGCCACCAGCACAAGGAACGAAAAGUAUAGUGACUGAGACAAGAAUGGUGGUAUUGAUUGAGCAGAUAUGGGGAAUCGAGAACUUGGUGUUCAAAAGCGGGAAAAAUGAAAUUGCAUUUAAUAUAAGCUUUAGAGUGGUUCAGUUCACAGUUGCAGCUUUGAAGAUUGAAAGUAUGCCAAAUAUUGGUAUUUUGUACACUUUCUUGCUACUCUCUACAAUUUUUUGUGUAGCCCCCAUUCUUCUGAAUCACACUCGUCUACCGUUCAUUGAGCUACGAUGA